UAACCCCGCACUUGUGCGUCAUUAGACGGUCCGCACAUUAGAGACCCACCCCGGCGGCUCAGUGCUAAGCCCUCUCGCAUUCAGCGGACGGUGAUGGAGGCUCCAGCGCUCUCCCUCCUCCUCCUCCUCCUCCGGCUGCUGCUCGGCGCGAUCUGCGGGUGUCGGAGCUCCAGCGCGGCUCCUUCCUUCCUCCAGCCGUUCACGGGCUGCGUGCAGAGCGGCGGCGGCGGCGGCGGGAGAGGAGCUCCGUACCGCGGCUCGGUGGACGUGACCGAAUCCGGAGCGCGGUGCAUGAACUGGAGCGAGGUGAGCGGCGUGAUCGCGCGUUACCCCGGUACGGGACUCGGGCAGCACAACUGGUGCAGGAACCCGGACGGCAGGAUCCGACCCUGGUGCUUCUUCAGGACCGCGCGGGGACGCAUCGACUGGGGUUACUGCGACUGUAAACAAGGCUCUGUGCGCCUUCAGGGCGGCAGGUCGAAGCUGGACGGGACGGUCGAGCUGUACGUGGACGGCGUGUGGGGAACCAUAUGUAGCCACGAGUGGGACGACAGGGACGCCGCCGUGGUGUGUCGACAGGAGUUUGGGCACGGGUACAAGGGGCGGGCGCGCGGGAGCCCCCUCUCCAGGCUGGCCCUGGCCGUGGUGCACUGGAGGACGGCGGGGUGCACGGGCGAGGAGGAGGACCUGCUGCAGUGCCCACGCUCCGCGUGGAACGGAGGGGAGUGCCCCGACCGACAGGCCGCCGCCGUUACCUGCACGCCUGUAGAAGCUACGGCGUUUCUACCGGUGCGUCUCUCGGGCGGAGCCUCGGCGCACGAAGGCCGGGUGGAGGUCUACCACGGCGGGCGGUGGGGCACGGUGUGUGACGACCAGUGGGACGACGGCGACGCCGAGGUGGUGUGCAGGCAGCUGGGCCAGGGAGGUACAGCUAAAGCCUGGACGGGGGCGUACUUCGGGGCCGGGACGGGCCCCGUACUGCUGGACGAGGUGAGCUGCACCGGAAACGAGCUCUCCAUAGAACAGUGCCCCAAAACCGCCUGGGGGGAACACAACUGCGACCACUCGGAGGACGCCGGGGUGUCCUGCGCACCCCUCACGGACGGUUCGGUGCGCCUGGUGGGCGGAGCCGGCGGCUUCGAGGGGAGGCUGGAGGUGCACCACCGAGGCCGCUGGGGGACGGUGUGCGCCGGCGGCUGGACCAGCACCAACACGCAGGUGGUCUGUAGACAGCUGGGCUACAGGUCCGGCCAGCUGGUAGGACCGCAGGGUUUCGGGGCCGCGCCGGGACCCGCCUUCUGGAACAACGUGAGCUGCACGGGGAAGGAGCCGGCGCUCGCUCACUGCGCCAAGAGGGAGGGGCCGCGGCACGACUGCCCGCACGCCGAGGACGUGGCCGUCGCCUGCAGUGCCCAGCGCACCGGACGCAUCGGGGCGCCCACCGACGUGCCGGUCCGGCUGGUGGGCGGUGAGAACGCCAAAGAGGGGCGAGUGGAAAUCCUGAUCGCCGGGCAGUGGGGGACCAUCUGCGACGACGGAUGGACCGAUGAGGAUGCGGAGGUGGUGUGCCGGCAGCUGGGUCACAGCGGUCCGGCCAAGGCUCGCGUCAUGGCGUAUUUCGGAGAGGGACUGGGACCCAUCCACGUGGACAACGUGAGGUGCGCGGGCGACGAGCGCUCCCUGGCCGACUGCAUCAAGCAGGCCGUGGGGAGCCACAACUGUCGGCACAGCGAGGACGCCGGGGUCAUCUGCGACUACGGGCGGCGGGACGGACGCACGCCGGUCAAAGAAGCGGCGAGCUCGGCGUGCGGCCUGAGACCCUUCAACACCCGGAGGAAGAGGAUCAUCGGCGGAGAGAACUCCCAGAGGGGCGGUUGGCCGUGGCAGGUCGCCGUACGGCUCCGCGGCUCCCAGUCGGACGGACGGCUGGUGUGUGGAGCCACUCUGAUCAACAGCUGUUGGGUGUUAACAUCUGCACACUGUUUUAAAAGGUACGGGAACAGCACGGGAACGUACAAGGUGCGCGUGGGAGACUACCACACCCUGGUCCCAGAGGAACACGAGGACGAGUAUGGCGUGGACCGGAUCGUCCUGCACCCCCGCUACCGGCCGCACAGCAACGACUACGACCUGGCGCUGGUCCGACUGACCCGCCGCGGGGGUCACGGAGGGGAGUGUGUGCGCCAGAGUGGCUCGGUGCUUCCGGUGUGUUUACCUGGCUGGAGAGAACGAGCGCCCAAAGAUUCCUCCAAGUGUUACAUCACAGGCUGGGGAGACACGGGUCGCUCGUACUCUAAGACCCUGCAGCAGGCCUCCGUCCGGGUCCUGAGCAAGCGGCAGUGCCGGCGCGGCUACGGCGACCAGUUCACCGGCCGCAUGAUCUGCGCCGGCUCCGCCCUCCUCGGCCGGCACGCCGACAGCUGCCGCGGCGACAGCGGGGGGCCCCUGGUGUGCCAGAGGGCCGGCGCCUGGGCGGUGUACGGGGUCACGUCGUGGGGCCACUCGUGCCGGCUGCGGGACUCCCCGGGCGUCUACACCAAGGUCUCCGCCUUCGUGCCCUGGAUCGAGAGAGUGCUCCGGCGCUAGGGGGACCAUCGGGGGGCGACCUGGCGCUCGGGUUCGAGGGACCACGGGGACGGGACAUGAGAGGAGCGGAGGACUUUCUGGACGACGUUCCUGGGAUCACGAGCGCCCCACUGGAACUCUGACAUCAUUCGGAUCUCGUGAGUCACGUCUGAUGAGUCCAGCU